AGCGCUCGAGUUGGUCGAAAAAAAUCUAAAAGCGUGUUCGCUCGAGUCUCGGGCGGGCUCGCUGCUAACCCUCUACAAAACACAAUAUUUGUGUCAAUAGUUUUUAAACCACAGUAUGUGUGAUAAAUUAAAAAAAAAACAAUAUUUAGGGAAUUAACCCUAAAUCACUUCAACAAAAAAUUCACUUGACUUUAAAGAGAGGAAAUAUUUGUUAAUGCCGGUAACUUCCCACAAGGGGUAUUCCAGGGGAAGUCCGGAACAAACUUCUGCAGCUCCCGGCGAGCGAAGAGGAGAAAUGAUGGGCGCGGCGGGAGGCGAAAGGAGGAGGCGAGAUUGGAAGAAGUCGAUUAAGAACUUGGCACCAACUUCUUCUUCUUCUUUGCCUCAUUUUUCCCCAAUCAGCAGUCUCGAUGAUGGCUGCCUUAUGCACAUCUUCAGCUUCUUAUCUCCGAGCCCAGGUUCAUCUUCUUUUCCCUCGCGAUAUAUCUACCUUUCUUAGAACUGCGAUUCGUGUUUUUUAAAACCCAGUGGAGCUGAAAUUUGAGCCAAUUAUUCAGUUUGGGUUAGUGGGGUUCUGUAAAAGUCCCAAUUUCUCCGAUAUGUUGUUUCACUAAUUAUGCGAUUUGGUCAUCGGGUUAUUGAAAAGAAUGGAGCUUUAUGUAUGGAGAAAGGAUGGUUAGCCAAUUAGGAUUGAUUUGAUAGUUUAAUUCAUCGGAAGUUUUCAACAACGCAUACGGGACACGAAAUGAGUAAGAAACGUUAAAUCGGAGUAAAAGUAGUGAAUAGUAAUGGCUUUUUAAUCCGAAUAUAGCUGUGAAUAUCUGAAAUUUUAAUCCGAUUAGCUGUUUAUGCUCACUAACAAUGAUCUGAAGUGGCAAUUGACUUGAUAUUAAACAAAAUUUCCAUGGUACACUUUGCAAUUGCUUGUCACUUGUUUCCAUUGAGUUUGCAGAUCGGUAUAACACCGCCCUGGUUUGCCACAGAUGGCGUUACUUGGCAUGUCAUCCUCGCCUAUGGCUCAGAGUAGACCGUUCUGUGAAAGAUCUCGAAGAACCUGGAGUCUUCCCCAGUAUCGAGACUGCUGUUUCUGCUGCGAGGUACUUUAUUGAGAUGUAAUUUCUCUCUGACUUGUGAAUACUCUAUUCUGAUGAUUAUGUUGCUGUUAGACCUGGAGAUACCAUUCUAAUUGCAGCAGGAGGGAGUCAUUUUGCCUCUAAUAUUCAGAUAGAUAAACCACUUUGCCUGGUAUGUUCGGAUUGAAUUCUGUGGUUAAUUAUUCGCUGAAGUGAUGUACUUGUCAUGCUUAGAUGCUUUGAUUAAAACCUCAUAUGGCAUGCUUUCGUAGUUACUGGCUUCUUCAAACAUGACUUGUGACUUCAGGAAGUGUACUUGUUUAUUAACUUAAUGUUUUUGUAUUUUAGGAAAUUGUGUUUCUUUCUCAAUAUCUUCAAUCUCGAGAAGUGGGGAUUCAUGGAAUUUCUGUCUUUAAUCCGAAUAACUUGGCCUCAUUGAAGUUAUGCCUCAUGAAAAUGAACUGAAGAUUCACUUAAUGGUUUUUCAGUAACUCUGUCCCAUUACAUUCAUGACCCAGAUAUGCUGGAUCCCUGGUUGUACAAUGUUGAUGAGAGAACAUGUUUUCAAUACCAGAUUAGUGGAUGGGUGCUUUUCUCUCUAAUCAAAUGUGUUUUCAGGUUGGUGGAGGAGAUAUCCCAGAUGAAACAACACUUCUGUGCUGUAGAGGUUCGGACAGGUACAUAGAACUUCAUUCCUUUUGUAAAUUGUAUUGAUGUUGAUCUUUGGGGAGCCUCCUUCAAGCUAUUUAUCUAAUGAGAAAAAUGUUAAAUUCUUUCGACAAACCCUCAAAGGUCACUACUAUCCUAUUGUUUAUUUCAUGAAAAAAUUGUCAACCUUCGUGGUAUUUUCUCACUGUGCCAUAUGGCUUUUGGGCAGCGCGCUGGAGUGCAUUUCGUCUUGCAAAUUGAUGAACCUAACUGUGAGAGCGGAGCUUGGUUGUUGCCUGCUUCAUAGAAGUGGGAGGCUGACCAUAGAUGGUUGUAUACUUCAGUGUGAAUCUAACCCUCUGGACUACCUCUCAUGCCCUAUCGUGAGCACAGCAGGUGCCACCGGGCUUGAAGUCUUAGCUUCUUCCCCUUGCAAGAACAAAAAUGGCAGCAAUAAUAGUGUUGCUGUGUCUGAAACCCGAAUAGAAGGGGGUGCCAAGGCUGUACUCACAAAUGGAGACCUGGCUUUGCAACGUGUUCGUGCUAUUUAUGCUCGCGCUUGUGUCUACUUCUGGUUUGAUGUGGACCAUCAAUGAUGUAUGCAUAGCCCUUUUGGAUUUUUUUGCGUUGUAAGAUAAAAUACAUUUGCUUCAAAUGUGUUAUUGUUGUACCAAAUCGUUAUCUUUUUCAAACAAAUAAUCAAGUUCUUCCGUUCUCAUAAUAUGAUAAUAUCCUUUAAUUUCUGUCAAAUGCGUACGUGUCCAAUUCAAUACAAAAUGCUUCUAACA